AUGGUCCAGGAUGACCUACGAGUCGUGCUGGUGGGUGGUGGCAGUGAAUGUUCCUGGGGACCCAGCAUGUGCAUAAAGCUGGAGUGCUCCAACUUAAGUCUGCGCUUCCAGGUUCAGUUUCAGGGUCUCGCCGGCAGCCCCGGCCGGCGGGCGCGCGGCGGGCAGCGGGGCCCGGGCGGCUGGGUCCUCGGGGGGGCCCGGAGCAGGCAGGCGGCGUCCCGGAGUCCCCGGAGGAGGAUGGGCUGCGGACACAGCCGGCCGAGCUGCUGCAAAGCCCCCAAAAAGAGGCGCCAAAAACCAGAUCAGACACCCAGACCACAGCCACAGGAACUAGGUCCCCUCAAUGGGGACACAGCCACCACUGUCCGGCUCUAUACAUCUGAGGAGGAUGAACGGCGCCAGAAGGAUAUAACCAGAAUUCUCCAGCAACACGAAGAGGACAGGAAGAAAUGGGCAGAACAAGUGGAGAAGGAGAGGGAGCUGGAGCUUCAAGAGAAACUUGAUGAACAGCGAAGAGCCUUAGAGGAAGAGCAUGAGGAUGCCCUGCAAGUCCUCCAGGCUUCACAUGAGCAGGAGAAGGAAGCCCUUACCCACUCCUUCCAGGAGGCCAAGGCGACUCUGCAGGAGACCAUUGAUGGACUGUCCUCACAGCUGGAGGUCUUCCAGGCCAAGAUGAAGAGGGUAGAAGAGUCCAUUCUGAGCCGAGACUAUAAGAAGCACAUCCAGGAUUACGGAAGCCCCAGCCAGUUCUGGGAACAGGAACUGGAGAGCUUACACUUUGUCAUCGAGAUGAAGAACGAGCGUAUCCAUGAGCUGGAUAAGCGGCUGAUCCUCAUGGAAACAGUGAAAGAAAAAAAUCUGAUGUUGGAGGAAAAAAUCACCACUCUGCAGCAGGAAAAUGAGGAGCUCCACGUCCGGGGCCGCAGCCAGGUGGUUAUGUCCAGGCAGCUCUCGGAGGACCUGCUUCUCGCCCGCGAGGCCCUGGAGAAGGAGUGCCAGUUGCGGCGACAGCUCCAGCAAGAGAAGGAGGAGCUGCUGUACCGGGUCCUUGGGGCCCCCGACGCCUCCCCCGCCUUCCCUCUGGCCUCAGUCACCCCCACCGAGGUCUCCUUCCUCGCCAGCUAGGACACACGGCCGGGACGCCUGUGGUCACAGCGCCCUCUUGAGGACUUACCAGAGAAGACAGCAGGAGCCUCUCGUUGUGUGCCCAGGAGGGGCGGGAGGGCAGGAGCCAGGCGGGCAGCCAGGGUGCUGCCCAGUGAGCCCCCGGGGGCUUGGGCCGUGCAGGAUCACCCACAGGGCUUUGAGGCCCCAGAAGCGCCUCCCCUCGAGUUGGCCCAGGAAACAAGCAAAGAGGAGCCCUUCCGUCCCUCCCCGUUCUCUCCAUCCAAAUCAGGGAAGUCCCAAGCUUUUCCCAGGAGCAGCCAAUGGUGCUGUGGCCAUCUGAUGAAGUGACAACCACCUGGUCCUGACUUGUCAGCUUCCCCCAGAUGUUUCCACCUCUGGCCGGGCCCUCCCUCAGCCUCAGUUUACCACUCCUGUAAAACAGCCAGGGGAGCCGAGCGAAUGAUACUUAAGUCACUACAGUGCCCCAUUCUGGGAUGGUGUGAGGCUCAGACUAGGGGCUGGGGGAUGCAGGAGGAAGUGGCCCACACCCUGGGAAUCAACAGGGAAAGGUGGGCGCUGGUAAGGGGGUCACUGGAGGCCCUUGGGGUUGCGGCUGGGUAUAGUGUGGGGUAUGCCACUGGUCCCCGUCCCAGAGUCGGGUCAGCCCAGCGGUUAAGCCAGAACUCCUCUUCGCCCAACAGGCAAGGCUAACUCCUCAGCCCUCCGGGUCCCUCAGUCUCAGUGCCCCCUGGGUACACUCAACAGGCAGAGCUGGGACCUCCUCCCUGUACUGACAAGGAAACCGAAGAGGGGAAUGGGGCCCACAAAGCCAGGACUAGGACCUCCUCUGUCAUCCAGCUCUCAGCAUAUUGUGCUUGUUUUUCUCCCCAGGCUCUGGAAGGAUCAGAUGUGUGACUUAGCCUUUCUCCUCCGUCCUCUACCUGUCCCACUCACUUCUGGUCCCUCUUACUCCUUUCUACCUUGACUCCUAUCACCCCUGAUGCCAGGUGCCAGGACCCCGGAACCUGAUCCUCAGCUUCCCCAUCAGUGCAGAGGGGCAGCUAGAGUAACCAACCUCAGCAGGCCUGUCCAGCCCAGACUGUCCGUGGAUUUACUCUUCUUCUCAGGAAGCUUUGGGUCAGCUGGAAGCUAUAAUGAUAAUCGCUCCCCUGCACAGAGCAUUUUCAUUCAAUGCUCUCAGAUACGUCUAGGAUCCUUCAAGCCGGUUCUUAUUCCUCUUCAGCAGCAGAGUAAACAGAUCACGGGAGCCGGGGGGCCUUGCCUGACAUCCCUCAGCCCUAGCCCCAGGCCCCAGGCCAGCAAGUAAGAAAAGCCAAUCCGGUAGAACUGAGGUUUCUUCCAUCAUCCCAGAUUGCCGCCUUUAUUCCCCUAGACCUGGUCUGGUCUUUAGCCAUUUGUAGUUCUGGGAGUUCAGAUGUGACUCUGUUUCUCCGUUCUCCAUUUCUCCCCUAGUAGGGCUAGGGGAGUGCUGAGCUGUUUUCUCCAGCCUUGGGAAAACAAGUUAUCUAUCUGGGAGCCUUGGGAAGAGCUCUGGAGUGAAGUACACACGUACUUCUUCAUGCAACUUUUCCCAGAGCUAGUCUGGGAUACACUCAUUCACUGCACAUUAAUAGGCCUGACCAAGAAAAGAUUUGAUGGCCAAGUAAUUUGAGAAACUCUAGGUUCAGUCCAGUUAAACAGAUCUGCAAAGUGCGGGACUUCUCAGAACCUUUAACAUGGUAAUGUGCAGUGCAAAUUUCCAAGAAGGAAGCAGAGUGUCCAGCAUUUUCUAAACUCCUGUGACCAACUUUCUACCCCAACCUAAGCACUUCAGGCUGCAGAAUGCACUUUAGAAAGCAUGGUUUUAAUGGAGAGGGGCCUGGAUGGAGAGGGGGCAAGUUGUGGGGAGCAGGGUUCCCAUCAUGUGGCCUAUGGCAGAUGCAAGGAGAUAAACUGUGGUCAUGGCCUCACGCUGGGGCAGACAAGCUGUGGAAACUAUGGUAGUGUGUUUAUCUGGCCCCUGUGUUUUCCUGGGAGAGGGAGGAGGCGACUCCUCCCUGAGGACCUCAGCCAGCGGCAGGGAUCAUUGAAGGAUAUGAUCUGGGCUUUGGUGACUCGCCAGUGACUCUCUGCUCCCUCCUGGGGUGCUGGUACCCCACUGGCCCUAGCUCUGCCCAGCCUUGGAGUGGGGCCUGAUGUUGGAGUGACGGCUGGCCAUGAGAAGAGGUCAGGGCCGGGAGGGAGGCUGUGAGGCUGAUGCAAGGCAUGGAAGCAGUGAUGGGCAGGCAGAGUAUCGGGGGAGUGCAGAUCCGUGGGGGACAAUGGCUUGGCACCAAAAACACCAAGGUUCACGCAGUUACCUACCCCUGUUUCUCCCCAUUGCUCCAGACCAGGAUGCCAGCGGCCAGGGAAGGAGCUAGGAGGGGGCAGGGGACACAGGAGGGCUUCUGGUCACAUGGACGUGGGUGGUGGCAGUCCCUGUGCCCUGAAGGUUGGUGGCCCGGCAGGUGUAGAUGCCAGAGUCCCCAGCCCGGGCCUCUUCCACAUGGAGGGUGCCCCCUGCCUCCUCCUGCACCUGGCCCUCUCUGCGAACGAUAUUGACAUAGGGGGGUCGGCCCAGCUGGAGGGACAAAAAAUAACUGUUAGCUACCCCAGGUGUCAUCUCUGACUUAGGCAUCAGAGGCAAGUAAGAGGCACUGUGUGUCCCUUCAGGGAAAGGGACAAUGACUCGCCCAAGGUCACACACAUGUAUCAGAGCACCUGAAAGGCCAGGUUCUUUGUGGGAAACAUGAGCUUCUAAAGUCCCUGGGGUCUCCUCUACUGCUCAGGGAGAUACAGGAAGUGACUUGGCUGGGAGCAGCACCCCCCAGUGUGGGUUCUGUGGCACUCUGGUUUUGUGGGGGUGUUAAUGGGUACUGCUUCCCCAAAGAGGGGGCAGUGGGAUUCUCAUGAAAAUUGUUUGAGAAGCACUGAGUCAAGUAAAAUCAAAUUGGGGACACUC